AUGCGACUGGGCUUCAGAUGGGCAAAAAUCGAGAUGCUUUGUUUUCUCUUCUCCUUCUCUCCUUGUUCUGCGAUAAGUGGUCGCCACUUUGUCAACCGCCUAGAGGCUGCGGCUUCAUCGCUCGGCCCAUCAAAUUUUAGUCCUCAAGUUAUGAAACGCCUCCGGACGGUAAAUCCUCAUAUAGAACAACCAGUUGCGUCAGCCUCAAGGAGCAAUCCACGCACAGAGGAUUACAGAGUUGACAUGAUGCAGACGGAUAAUCGUUCACUUACUGUAUUGUUUAAUUCUCUCGCCGCCACCAUAUCUCAACGGAAAUGCCAGAGAGACAAUGUUAUUAUUGCCAUCAACAAUCAAAAUGGCAAACCGACCCCGCAUCUCAUCCAGAUCCCUCACCCGCGCGCGCCUGGGCCAACGAUCUUCGCACAAGACUCUCCACGCAUCCCACCACACCUUCAAGCGCAUAGAAUCCUUCUACAAGACCCCGAGCACCAUGCCCGGCCCACCCAAUCCAACCAGCCGCCCGCAGCCCGCGAAAUAUGCCACCUAUACGACAAAUACAAUCUAAAAAUCGAAACCCUGCAACCCAUCCUCUUCCGCAAAGGCCUGCUGGGCCGUGUCGAGCACCGCAGAUUGCUCAAUGAGAAGCUAACGCUGUAG